AUGGAUGCGGUCAUGAGAACCCUAGAAGAGAUUGGAAAUUUGAUGGGACGGCAGGCUCAGGAACGAGCUGCCACUAUUGCCCAAGCUGCUGAAGCCGCUGCAACACCUGCUGUUGCCAAUAAUGGGAAUCAGGGUCAAGGCGAUCCCGAGAUUGCAUCGCUUUGGAUGGAAGCAUUAGAAAAGGCUUUUGAGGUUUUUGGGUGUACGGAUGAGGAGAAAGUGACUUUAGCAGUGUAUCAAUUGCAAGGAAAUGCAAGUGAUUGGUGGAAAGCCACCAGGGGUCGAGUGUUCCCCGCAGGUGUCGUUCAAACUUGGGCGAUGUUUGUGGAAUACGAGGCAGAAUUUUCUAGAUUAUCCAAGUUUGCCCCGAGAAUGAUGGAAGAUCCAUGGGAUAAGGCCCGAAGUUUCCGAGAUGGGUUGAAACCGGACAUUCGUAGUCAGAUGGUAUCUUUGAAUUUAGGAGAUUAUAAUGAGAUUUAUGAGCGGGUUCAAGCGAUUGAGCGUGACUUAGCGGAUAGAGCCGCUGCUUCUGGAUCGAGAUAUGCUCCGGUUAGGGACAAUCGUAAUUUCGGGAAGAGAUCGAUGUCGGGGAAUCAGCGUUUUAUUCCUUCUGUUAAGAGGACCAUCGAAUGGGCCAUCACAUAA